CGAGGGCCGAGAGGUUGUCCAUUGUGCGGGAGUGUGAGGAACGAAGAUCUGAAACAUGAGGGGUGAACGAGGACGUGGACGUGGCCGCUUUGGCUCCAGAGUGGGACCUAACACAGGUUUCAGACCCUUCGUCCCUCACAUUCCCUUUGAUUUCCACGUGUGUGAAAUGGCCUUCCCGCGUGUGAAACCCGCCCCCGACGAUAGCUCAUUCAGCGAGUCACUGCUCAAACGAAACCAAGAUCUGGCCCCCAGCACAGCCGAGCAGGCCUCAAUCCUUUCUUUGGUCACCAAAAUCAACAACGUUAUCGACAAUUUGAUCGUAGCCCCGGGAAACUUUGAAGUGCAAAUUGAGGAGGUGCGACAGGUGGGCUCCUACAAGAAAGGGACCAUGAGCACAGGCCAUAAUGUUGCAGACUUGGUCGUCAUCCUAAAGAUCCUUCCCACACUGGAAGCCGUUUCUGCUUUGGGCAUUAAGGUGGUCGAGACCCUAAGGACGCAGGAUCCAGCUGAAGUUCUCACAAUGCUGACAAACGAGACUGGCUUUGAGAUCAGCUCAGCAGACGCCACGGUGAAGAUCCUUAUCACGACUGUGCCGCCCAAUCUGCGCAAGCUGGACCCCGAGUUGCAUUUGGACAUCAAAGUUCUGCAGAGCGCACUGGCCGCCAUCAGGCACGCACGGUGGUUCGAGGAGAACGCCUCCCAUUCUACAGUGAAGGUUUUAAUCCGGUUGUUGAAAGACUUGAGGAGUCGGUUUCCUGGAUUUGAGCCUCUGACUCCCUGGAUCCUGGACCUCUUGGGGCAUUAUGCCGUCAUGAACAACCCCACCAGGCAGCCGCUGGCACUCAAUGUGUCCUACAAACGCUGCCUACAGAUGCUCGCCGCCGGCCUUUUCCUCCCCGGCUCAGUUGGCAUCACUGACCCCUGUGAAAGUGGCAACUUUAGGGUUCAUACAGUCAUGACUCUGGAGCAGCAGGACAUGGUUUGCUACACUGCCCAGACGUUGGUCCGUAUUCUCUCCCACGGGGGCUUCCGGAAGAUAUUGGGCCUGGAGGGAGAUGCCAGCGCUCUUGCCACGGAAAUGUCUACCUGGGACGGAGUCAUCGUGACCCCUUCAGAGAAGGCCUAUGAGAAGCCCCCCGAGAGGAAGGAGGGAGAGGAGGAUGAGAACCAGGAUAUCCCAGAGGGGGCGGAAGAGGAGGAGAGCAUGGAGACACAGGAGUGAUACUUAUUUAAAGAUUUCAGUUGGUCUGGAUCCCCCUCUGCCGGCGCCGAACACAUUGGGUCUAUUUGUGGACCAAAUGCCACGAGUUCCUGUUUUAUUUUCAUUCGUUCUUAGCUUGUCAUGUGACUUGUUUUAUACUGUAGGGAUACAUUGUAUUUUUUUUUUUUUUUUGCCAGCAAUAAAUUUUUAUUUCGACA